AUGCUCGGCCUCUUUUCUAAGGUGCUGUCCUAUUUCUGGAGACGUGCAGGUGAUGAGGAAGGAGAAGAUGAGAGAUGGGCAGCCUCAGGUGACAAGGGAUUAAAAACUGUGCAAGGAGUAGUGACAAGACUUUGCCAUGAUUAUGGGAUGAUAGAUGACAUGAUAAUCUUCACAAAGGAUGCUGUUACAAAAUAUAUACUGCUGACUGUUGGACAGGAAGUUACUGCUGUUAUUGAAGAGGAUAAAACAUCAGGUGGCCUGAAGGCCAUCAGGGUAGAUGCAGUCCAGAAUACAUGGGGAGACUCCAAUCCUACUUGUGAUGCUUCUGAACUAAAUAUGAAAACAUUAAUUGGCAAUGUUACCUCUCUCUGUAAGGAUGGUGGCUAUAUUAAUCAGAAUACUUUUUUUUCAAUGGAAGACGUCUGUGAAGGUUUUAAACCUUAUGAAGGCGACUGGGUGCAAGCAAAAUAUUUUAUUAACCCAACGACAUGGAACAGUGAAGCAGUUGCUGUAGAGCCUUUGAGAUAUAAGCAAGUAGACAAGGUUCGCAUUUCCAGCAUCUGUGGAAGAAGUGGUACAGUAGAUGAGAGUAUAUUUUUCACUUUGGAUUCAUUGAGACUUCCUGAUGGCUAUUCACCUUGUAGACAUGAUCUAGUGAACACUGUCGUGGUGGAGAGCAAUCAGUCCUGUUAUAUUUGGAGAGCUCUCUGCUUGGUGCCAGUCAGCCAGGAUGGGCAAUCUCACUCUAAUGGAGUCAAUCUGGAUGAGCCUUAUGAACACUUAAUGAGAGACAAAGGAGAGUUGGAAAUAUCAAGAAUGACUAAUUUUGGAACUCUGAAGCAGGGGGAAUCUAAAAGAAUGAUCAUUUGGAUAGAGAAUAAAGGGAGUGUACCACAGUCCUUAAUCAGCUGCAGAUUAGCUGGAUGGGUGAAGGACAAGCAAUUCAGUUUUCAGAUUCCUCAAAAAUGUGAGAACAGUCCACAAGCGUAUCUGUCAUCUCUUCCAAUAAAUCACGAAAACCUCUCAAAAGCUGCAAUUAAUUCUUAUAACGACAGUGGAGGAACAGCAUAUGAGUCAUUGAAUAAUACAGCCAUUAUGAAGGACGGAGUUAUUCCAGGAGGAAUUAAUUCUCAGGAUACAAAUUUAUCAAGGACAAAAGAAAACUUUUCCUUGGUAAAAGAUGAAAAUCUACAUAAUGGAGAAAAUGAGCAAAGAGAAGAUGUGGAACAACCAGUAAAGCACAUCAGUAUUACUGGAGAAAUUGUCAUACCACCAGGUGGAAAAACAUUCAUAAUGAUCAUAUGCACAGCUGUAAAUCCUGGGUACAGUAAAGAACUCCUGUUGCUUGGGUUUUCUGAUUUUACUGUUGGACGCUAUAUUGAAGCCACUGUAACAAAUGAAGAAGAAUUACUAAUAGCAUCUGUGGAGCCAUUUUCUCCAAGAAAGCCUAAUAUUAUUCCAGAACCUCAGCCAAGGAAGACAACAGUGGUUGCCCCUAAAUACAAAAGAAAUCACAGAAAGCAGUUGCCAAGCUUUCUUCCGCAUUAUACCAUACCAGAUGAGUUAAGAAGAUGUGUGGAGCAGAAGUUAGACAUACUGACCUUUCAGCCACUCCUAGCAGAGCAUCUUAAUCUAGAUAAUUAUAAAGCAAACUUCUCUACUCUUUUGUGGCUUGAAGAGAUCCAUGCAGAAAUGGAGAUAAAAGACUUUAAUAUGAGUGGGGUUACUUUGAAAAGGAAUGGGAACUUGUUAGUCUUGGAAGUGCCAGGAGUGGAAGAGGGCAGACCUCAUCUGACUACAGGUGAUAAGGUGAUACUGAAAAGUCAGGUCUACUCUGAGCAUAUAAUAGAGUAUGUUGCCUAUAUUACUGAGAUAUGUAAUGAAGAUGUUACUCUUAAAUUUAAUGCAGACUUUGAACAGGCUUACAACUUGGAGCCCAUGGAUGUGGAAUUUGUUCAUUGCAGGAUUACUAGUAGGCGAUGCCAGUUGGCAGUUGAGCAAGCUAGCUACCUGGGUGAAAAAGUAUUAUUUCCGCAAAACCUUGUCUUACAAUCACCACAAGUUAUCAAGACCCAGAAUACUACUGCCUAUCAUGUUGUUGAUGAUGGCCUUGAACAAUGUUCCCAACAGGAAAGUAAGGUCAAAAAACUGCAGAACAAACAGUCACAAUGCAUGGCAUCAAGGGAGAUGAACAUAAGAGAUGUGAUGAGAGUAACUGCACAAACAAGCCAACUUGUUGGUGAAACUGUGCCACUUAAACAGAAAGAUGGUGAAUUUUUCAAUCCUAUGCUGAAUGAGCAACAGAAACUGGCAGUGAAAAGGAUACUGAGUGGCGAAUGUCGUCCAACACCUUACAUUCUCUUUGGACCACCAGGAACUGGAAAAACAUUAACAGUGAUUGAAGCUAUUUUACAGAUACAUUAUACUCUACCAGAUAGUCGAAUUUUGGUUUGUGCACCAUCAAAUGCUGCAACAGAUCUGAUUUGCUUGCGGCUGCAUCAAAGCAAUCUGUUAAAACAAGGAACUAUGGUCCGAGUUAAUGCUAACUUCAGGUCAGUAGAGCAAAUUGAUGACAUGGUGAAACCUUACUGCAAAGAUGGUGAUGAUAUCCGGAAAGCUUCGUGGUUCAGGAUUAUAAUUACCACAUGCAGCAGUGCAGGACUGUUUUAUCAAAUGGAAAUACGGCCUGGACACUUCACUCAUGUGAUUCUGGAUGAGGCAGGGCAAGCAAGCGAACCAGAGAGCCUGAUUCCUAUUGGGUUGAUUUCAGAAGCUAAUGGACAGAUAGUUCUUGUUGGAGAUCCAAAGCAGUUAGGGCCAGUAAUAAAAUCUAAAAUUGCGCUGACUUUUGGAUUAAAUAUGUCCUUGCUGGAAAGACUGACAUCAAGAGAGAUAUAUCUGAGAGAUGAGGAUGCUUUUAGUGCCUGUGGAGCAUAUAAUCCUUUGUUGAUCACAAAACUUGUAAAGAACUACAGGUCACAUUCUGCAUUGCUUGCCUUGCCAUCUAAAUUGUUUUAUCAUAAGGAGCUAGAAGUUUGUGCAGACACUUCAGUAGUAACUUCUCUGUUGCACUGGGGGAAAUUGCCCAGGAAGGGAUUUCCAUUAAUUUUUCAUGGAAUAAGGGGCAGUGAAACACGUGAAGGUCACAGUCCUUCAUGGUUUAAUCCAACUGAAGCAGUUCAAGUAAUGCAGUACUGUUGCCACCUUGCUAAAAACGAAAAUGCUGUGGUGUCAGUGACUGAUAUUGGAGUGAUUACACCAUAUCGUAAACAGGUGGAAAAAAUUCGAUUUCUUCUGAGAAGUAUUGAUUUGGCAGACAUUAAAGUUGGCACAGUAGAAGAGUUUCAAGGGCAGGAGUACAUGGUUAUCAUCUUAUCAACAGUGCGAUCUCAUGAAGGCUUAUUUGGUGAUGACAAAUACUGUUUGGGCUUUCUCUCUAACCCAAAGAGAUUUAAUGUGGCAAUUACUAGAGCAAAAGCUUUGCUGAUUGUCGUGGGAAAUCCUCAUGUUCUUGUGAAAGAUCCCUGUUUUUGUGCACUGUUAGAAUACAGUUUGAUGAAUAGAGUUUAUGUAGGUUGUGACCUGCCUUCAGAGCUGGAGUGCCUGCAGGAAAAUGUAUAUUUUGGCAGCCAUGAGAAAAUAUGCCCACAUUUGGAAAUAAAUGCCAGGAAACCUCCAUUUGUACGUGCCCGUUUUUGCAAACAUUAGGCAGAAAAAGCCACUGAAGCUCAUAUUCCAGUUCUGCAUUACCUUUUUUGUGAUACUUUCUUCUAACGAUGAAGAGUGUCACCAGCUGAAGUCUUCUGGAUGUGAAGUCCUUCCAGUAUCAGGUUCAGUUUACACUGGAACAUCUCGUGAGGAUAGGCUGAUGCCCAAAUUAAUACCCAAAAGAUGUGACAACGGCUGCCUGAGCCCUGUAACUCAAUGUACAAAAAAUAACUGACCUUACGAGGCAGGUACAUGUUGGGAAGUAUCCACACGUCUGCACAUAUGGAUGCCAAGCUCAAGACAGGUAAAAUCCCUCCGCUCCCACACGUGCUGCCUUGCCUAACAGGCUCCAAUCGACGGUUAUUGGUGCUCAUGCUGUGCCUCACGGUCCUACAGCAGUUGGUAGGGGCACAUCCACGCUCUCCAUGGGAAAGCAGAGCUGUUCCCAGCAGGACACUUCCCUGUGGUGCAUUGUGAGACUUGCUUUUUCUUAGCAGGCUCAAGAGCUGCUCAGGACUGUGUUAGUCAGCCAAGGCAUAUGGCUCUGCAGGGCCUGCAGACUGCUGGGUUCUAUGUUUACUGGCAGUUGUGGUUUCAGACACCAGAUCAGAGCGACAGUCCAUCAUUAUGUGAAUGAAGGCAUUGAGUAUGGAGACUGAACACAGAGCAUACGAUAAAUCUGGCAAACAAGAUGAAUGCUGCAUUCUCGUCCAUCAACACUUGAGGAGCAGCAGAGCAAGACACAGCGUGGUAGGUGGGAUUAUACAGCCUCGCUGACAUGGGAUGGCCAGUAAUGGCUCCACAAUGUCUGGAGGAUGUCGAGGCUGUGAGGGAGGUACUCCAGCCUUUCAGGGCCAUGAUACACAGAGGAAGAAAUCCAUUCAAGUACUGAAACAGGCCCUCAGCAAUUCUACUUUGCAGUCCAGUACAUUUAGAAGAGUCAGGGUAGGGUUGGCCUGUGCAUGUGGAACACAAAAGCAAAAUGGCACUGGCUUGAAAAUGACCUGGAUGUCAAGAUUGCAAAAGCAUGUGCAUACAGCCGUGACUUGCUUUUGUCACAGCCUGUAACUGGAAAGCUAGAGGCGAAUAUUUCUUUGUGGAGCAAAGCCUACGUACUGAUGGAUCCCUUAACCAAACAAUGCACCCUCAAAAGAACUGUAGACUUUAGGUUAAAGCAGGCAACGGAAAUUAGGGAUGCCAUAUAUGCUCAAAUUCAUGCCACGCCUGACACUUCUAAUGAGUAAUUACUCACUGCAAAUGCAUGUGCUGUUUUGUGGAUUGUGAACUGUUGUUAGACAUGUUGUACUGAUAGCUUACAGAUUUUAAAGUGCUUUUGCCUUUUGGGGUUGGGGUUUUUUUGAGUGCACCUGGGAUGAGGAUACUGUUAAUCUUUAUGGAGUAUUUUGUGCCUAAUUAAUUGUAAGGGCUUAGGUAGCUGAGGGCUUUUAUUUUCCUUUACAGAAUAAAACAUCAAUUAACAUGUAAAUCUCUGUGAUUGCCAGCUUGGGAACGAGGGGAUCCCUAUAAUUGAACUGUGUAGAUUACUCACUGUUUUCAAAUACAUUACUAAUAAUAUGUUGGAACAGCUGCUCCUCCUUUCCUUACAAUUAAAUGGACAAUACUAAGUGUUAAAAACAAAUGAUGACCUGUAUUGAUUUUGCCAAAUGUAUGCAAGGAGGUUAAAAUAGUUGUGUAGUUGGAAGAGCUGAUUGAUAGUAAAAGUCAGUGGUCCCUUCCAAAAAGACUGCAACCUGCAUGAACAAAAACUGAUGAAAAAUGCAGGAGUUUCACUUACCUCCUUGCGUCUCCUCAUUUCCUUUCCCUUUCACAUCUGACUGCUCUGAGCAACUGUAAAACUACAACAUCAGUGUUUUCCUUUAUUUUUCAUUAAAGAAAAUUCUGACAUCCUGUAGCAGAGGAGACAACAUGAUAUCCUAGGGGUUGGAGCACUUCCCUGGGAAGUGAAAAAUCUGAGCUUUAGGCCCUCUUCAGCCUGAAGAAUUUGAAUACAUACUUCUCAAUAAAAUGCCUAAUCAUGCUACAAAAUAGGCUACAACAGCAGUGUUCUCCAUCCGUCCCGCUGCAGCAGAGCCAAUGUGCAGCAGAGUGCAAGAUUAAUAGGACCAGGGAGCAGGGAUAAGCAGUAGGGGACCUGUGUGUAGCAGAGCGAGAUGAGGACUCCCAGCAAUUUAUGAGUCCUGGAGAGUUUUGUUCCUUGCUCCAAAUGCUAUUUAUGUAUUUUAGCUUGUGAUGCUCAGACAAGCAGGACCAGCAGCAGAAAUCAGGACUCUUACCCCUUCACUUAGGGUUUACUGACAAAAAAAAAGCCAUCAUCAUCUCAUCUCUACUUCCUUGUUCAUUUGCAUUAUGAGUUUUCUUCAACUUUAAAUGCUCCUUGCUACGCUGAACUGGCAUUAUGACAGCCUUCCAUGUGAUGCUUAAUACCACUGCCUGGCAGGAUGAAGCCUUUACUUUGCAAGCUUCAGAGCAGAGUUUGAAAGAAUGUUGCUGAUUGCAAUCUGUAUUGAGCAAAGCAGUUAAGCAUGUGCUUUGCUUUCUUUUGUCAGAAUUUUAAAUUUUGAAGCAAGAGAAUAAAACAAGAAACGAGCCGUCUUCUGGCAACAGAAGAUACUAGUAUAAAGGCACCAUUGACUCAAUACACAAAUAUAUUUAAGUCUUUAGUCUCCUCUGAAGUAACAUAAACUGCCAAAAUUAAAUUAAAAUAAUUUUUUAAGAUGCUGU